AUGCCAUCUGCAUCAGGCUCCUCCUCUUCCUCAUCUUUAUUGGAGGGACUUCUAACAGUACAACAGCGACAGGUUGGACUCUAUGCCGCAUUUAAUACCUCCACUAUUCCACCAGCACCAUUACAUAAGAAGCACCAUCAUUCUUAUUAUGCAAAGUUGUACAGUAAUGAAACAUCUUUGACGAAUAAAAAAGUAAAACUUCGUGUCGUCGUACAUGCUUCAGGACAUCUUCGAUCAUUUCGAAAGUGUGCGGCAUCACUAAAAGAGAAUGUUCUGGAGAUGAAUGAGGCCCCUUUCUAUCUAGUAACCUAUCCUAAUAUUGGAGACAGGCGUCUUGGUACUCAAGGGAUGGAGGAUGAGGACCCGCCACUGAGUUCCACAGAUAUGCAAGAGCUUAUCUAUCAUUAUAGGCCUUAUCUCGCAGGACUGUUUCUAGUGGACUAUCCCGCAAUGGAUGAGUAUCUUUCUUCAGUGGUUCCUCCUUUUCUUUUCCAGAAUUAUCCCUGGGGUUGGUGGAUGCGACAAUUCUUUACAACGGAACUCGCAACCGAUAUGAGUACAGCGAGCAUGGAGGGAAAUAACAAUACAGUCAAUAACACCUUUCUGAAACUUAAACUUGAACAGACAUUAUACACGAAGGCUGGCUACAAUAGUGUUGACCACGCUCCAUUUGAUAUUGCCAUUCGUGUACGGCCAGAUCUCUACAUCAUUGGCCCCUUGUGGGUGGAGUCCAUCCUCCCCGUGGAAGAGCAGCGGCGAGCCCUCCUAAAGUGGAGUGCGGCUGAGAUAAACAAUCAAACAUCCAAAGAGGAUGCUGUUUUAAAUCAGAGCUUUGCCGUCUAUUUUAAGUGUAAAAAAACCUCCUACGAACCUUUAUUAGUGCCGCCACGUCACAUUGUUCGUGCGUCGUACCAUCCAAUGUUUCCAAACUUUGUUUCGGAUUUCUCAACUAUAGCGCGAAUGUACGAUGAUGAUAAUAAUAAUAAUAAUAAUAAUAAGAGUGUACCGGGUGACGUUUUUCGUUUUUUCCAUGAAUCAACGACAGUCUUCUCAGAGACAGAGCUGCGAACUUUUUUCUAUAAGGGUAAUAAUCCGGAGAACAUGUGGACACAGUAUACAGAGUGGCAUCACUACGGAAGUAUUCGCUUUGUUCCCUGGCAUGUUUUGUUGAGGAAUGGUUCAGUUUAUUACAACACAAGCGUCUAUCGACAGUUACCGAAGUCUGUCCGCAAUUAUGUGAAAAUAGCCAUUGGGACGACAGAUGCAAGGAAGAUCCAGUGCCCCAGGAAAGUGAAAGAUGCCCUUUACCCCAGGUUUAGAGUUGAAAAUCUAACAUCCCGUUGA